UAUGCCCUGUUUGAUGUAGCAGCCAGUCGGAUGCUGUGAGGAGCACGCCCACUUCACUGACCCCCGUCUCUGUCGGAUUUCCGAAACUCCGUUACAUGUAUGAACAACACCUGGGGUUCAAGUAGCGUGAAGUAUGGAUCACAGUGAAGAAAAAACAGGCAAAGCGGUCGAUAUUUAUCGCGACACAUGGGUCCGCUUCUUAGGCUACGCCAACGAAGUCGGCGAGUCCUUCCGCGCUCUGGUUCCAGUGAGUUUGGUCUGGGCCACCUAUGCUGUGUCCACUGCGUACGUUACUGCUGAUGCAGUGGAUAAAGGGAAGAAAGCAGCUGUGACCCACGGGGACCACCCGGGGAAAACAACCCGAGUCGCCGUCGCAGUGGUGGACACGUUUGUGUGGCAGGCCCUGGCCUCUGUCAUCAUCCCGGGCUUCACCAUCAACCGUGUGUGUGCUGCAUCGCUCUACCUGCUCGGCAGAACCACCAAGUGGCCUCUCUCUGUUCGCAAGUGGACCACCACAGCAAUAGGCCUAACUGCGAUCCCCUUCAUUAUCACCCCCAUAGACAGAUCAGUGGAUUUGCUGCUCGACUCCAGCCUCCGGAAGCUGUAUGAAGGGGGAGAGAAGCACAAAUAAGGACAGAGCAUCUCUGUUGGGGACCACCUGGACUUUUUUGUUAGUUGUUAGAGUUGUUAGUUGUAACGUGUAAAUGAGACUGUCAUGGAGCACGCUUUUACCCCAGUUAAAAUCUAUAAUAAAAUAGUUUUGGUACAGAGAUUAAAUUUUUAUAUAAAAAGGUUAAGGUUGUUGGGUGAAACUUUGCUCAAUGAAAGAAUCCAAAAGAUGCAGGAUUUUAAACCUCAGGGUACUCUGGGUUAAAUCACCAACAAAACAAACUAUAAGUCUACUUAUUUUGUCUUAAAAAAUCCUGCUUCUUUUGUAGGGUGAUAUAAUAGUCCUAUAUUCCUGUGAUAUUAGAGGCAGAGAAAGCCUCUUGAGAUUACCUUGUUGGUCUGUUACUCUGACCUGCAGAACAUCUUUUUUAUAUGUAGACAUUAAGGCGGUUGUGUGUAAAUAAAGGCACACUUGGUUGUUUUAAAAAGCCAAAUUCAGUGUUACUGUAAUGCCAAAAGGCCACUCUGCCAUGGUCUCUAACACAGUUACAAAUUUGAUUUUGAUAGGAAUUUUUUUGUUUAGAAUCAAGAGUUAUCUGUUAUGUGGAAAUAGAAAGGAGCAGUAGUUGAGUUGUCAUCUGAUGCACCUUUCAGGCUUUAAUUCAGAUUUAGCCACAGAGAUUUCCACUAAAAGCCUCUAUUACAUCAGAACUUAUUUUUACUAUGCACUGCACAAAAGAAUGUACAAUACAGUAACUAUGUUAGUAGUUUGAGAUAUGCAUGGCCCAUGUCAAAAUGUUUUGGCAUCAUGCGGCUUUACAUUUCUGAGAUGAUGCAACAUACUCCACACAGUAUGUGUAUUUCAUUUGUGUAAGAUAAAACUCUUUGACUCUUCUUUAAAAAUUAUCCUGUGGGUGUACAAUAUAUCCAUAAAUUCCAUGUUUUAAAUUCAGUAUUCUUACACAUUAAACAUAAUUGUGAAGUCCAGUGUCAUCAAAA